UUUAUGCCUUGUAAUGUCGAGCUGCCGAACGAGCGUUGAGAUAGGUACAUGUUGAAAUCCACAUUACUAUAAACGAAGUCGGUUUAAACGCAAAGGUUUUCUAAACAUAAUUUCAAAAAUCGUUAAUCUACACGGCUUCGAAACAUGCCACCUGUGGAGACUAUGGAAGUCGACAGUCCUGUAAUGGAGGUUGAAAUGGAGAUUACAAAGAAAGAAGUGAAGGAUGUUGAUACGACGACUACCGAAGAUAUACGUGAACAACUAAAGCAAGUUGAAAAAUCAGUGAUUACAAAGGAGCCCCGUUUUGUAUUCAGAGUGUUGCGAUCGUUGCCGAACACUCGUCGACGACUGAAUCCCACUGUAUUACGGCGCAUCAUUCUUCACAGUUAUAGCUUUUCUGUAAAAGAAAGAGAUAACUUGCUAACCCUUGUUGGGGGAGAUGAAUCUCUUGAUAUUGCUUCCCCAGUUCAAAGAACAAGGCCUCCCAAGCAAGGCUCAUCAUCUCCUUUACCAGAAGUUGACGUAUACAUCCAUAUGUUGGUUCUUCUACAUUGUAUCGAUAACAAACGCAUUCAAGAAGGUGUGCUCUGCUCCGACCAGUUAAUGCAGAAAAUAAUCGCGCAAAAUCGACGCACUUUGGACUUAUUGGCCGCACGUUGUUACUUCUACCACUCUAGAACUUACGAACUUGCUGGAAAACUCGAUUCCAUUAGGAGCUUUUUGCAUAGCCGACUACGUACCUGCACCCUCCGAAAAGAUUUUGAGGGACAGGCAGUUUUGAUAAAUUGUUUGCUGCGCAACUAUCUCUUCUACAGUUUGUACGAUCAAGCCGACAAGUUAGUUUCAAAAUCCGUCUUCCCAGAAUCGGGAAGCAACAAUGAAUGGUCACGUUAUCUUUACUAUCUUGGACGAAUUAAGGCUAUACAGUUGGAGUAUUCUCAGGCCCACACUCAUCUUUUGCAAGCUAUUCGCAAAGCACCUCAACACACAGCGGUCGGCUUCAAACAGACUGUUCAAAAAUUGUUGGUUACAGUCGAGUUGUUGAUGGGAGACAUCCCUGAACGGCACAUCUUCCGUCAGUCAACAAUGCGACACGCUUUGGCUCCAUACUUUCAAAUGACGCAAGCUGUUCGAUUGGGUGACAUACACAGAUUCAAUCAAGUGUUGGAAAAUUACGGCAAAACUUUCCAGGCUGAUCAUACUUACACUCUCAUAAUCCGUCUACGUCAUAAUGUCAUCAAGACGGCAAUUAGAGCUAUCUCCUUGUCGUACUCUCGCAUUUCUUUGGCUGAUAUUGCCAGCAAGCUUAUGCUAGAUUCGGCCGAAGAUGCUGAAUUUAUUGUGGCUAAAGCUAUUAGAGACGGAGUCAUUGAAGCUUGGUUAGAUCACGACGGAAAGUUUAUGCAAAGUAAGGAGAGCAUCGACGUCUACAGCACCAAGGAGCCUCAGCUGGCUUUCCACCAGCGCAUCACCUUCUGCCUUCAGAUUCACAAUCAAAGUGUCAAAGCUAUGCGCUUCCCUCCCAAAGCGUACAACAAAGAUUUGGAAUCAGCAGAGGAACGUCGCGAGCGUGAACAACAAGAUUUGGAAUAUGCCAAAGAAAUGGCUGAAGAAGAUGACGACGGAUUUCCGUAAGUUGAUGGUACCGAAUUCAGCGCGUAAAUGUGAGCCCUAUGUAAUCGUUCAAGUUAAGACCACUCUAAUAAAUCAACAAGGGAACUCAGGAAA